UCAGAUUGGUGGGCUCGCUGGUGUUAUUUUAUGCGUACAGAGAUCAGAGGCAGUGUGUAGCUGGAGGCUGCUGAUAUCUGCGGGUGUUGUAACUGGCAGUGGUGCUGUGGAGGAGCAGUGUAGCACAGUGAGGAGCUGAGGAGUGGGUUGACCCUCUGGGAGGACUGGAAUAUGAAUGACUGUCAACACAGGGACGUCUGCACAGCCCGCACUAAGGUGAGUGGUGCUUCAGUAAAAAAGAAUCAACAGUGAUCUGAGAGUGAUGCUGUGUAGCAGCCUUCCCCUCUGUCUGCGCCCCUCGUUCUCCCGUGAGGCCCAUGUGACCUAGCCUACACCCACACACAGGGGGCCCCCACUGCCGCUGGAGCCCACCCAUGAAUCCCAGCCCCGACCGCGGCAAAGAGUGCCUCCCUCCCAAGAAGAGGGAAUCUCGGCAAGGAUCGACAGAUCACCACGUCCCUCUGGAUGAGUUUAAACCCCCUGUGCCGCUCCGAAGUCGGUCCAGCACAGGGGGAGGGGAGGGAAGCAGGGAGGCCAGCGACAGGGACCGAGCUCUGAUUAACCCAAACCUCCAUCUCCUACAUACUCCUCCACCCCUUCCUGCUCCUGCACCAGGCCUCCCGCUGCCCCUUCCAUGGCACCUGAGUUACUCCCCCUCUGUCUCUCUCCCACUUUUCCCAGGUCAGGUUAGUGAGAGGAGGGGCUCAGGGUCUCCUGCUUGGAGAGAUGACCCUCUCUCUACAGCCCUGCCCCACCACUCCAGGUGGCUUAGUAGAGAAGGGCCCCUCUCCUUGCCACCUUCACCAUCUUCCUCCUCCACUUCUUCCUUUAAGACUCCCUUCCCAGCAGAUUCUAGAGAAAUGUGGCCCUACAUUAACAGUGGGCGGCGAGACAGCAGCUCCUCUCUUUUCUCCCCCUCGUACUUGUUUAGUCACCACUCUCUCUACCCUCAAGAUUCAAGCUUAGUUGAAGCCAGACACAGGUACCUGGGCAAGAGGCCCAACGGCCUGGAUGGGCCAGGCAGCAGGACUGCCUCAACCUCCAGGCCUCUCCUCACAGGAGAAUAUGGGAACGAUAGCAGCAGAACCAGGCUGGACAUCAGUCCACACAGCUCCCAUACCAACGGUGGACGGAGACCUCAAGAGGAUCUAACAUCCCGUGUCCAUUCUGGAGGGCCAUUUUUGUCAGACUCUCAAGCUCAGGAGGGCCCUGAGCCACAUUCCUCACUGCAGGACAGACUUCCGCAUGGGAUAGUUAAGGCCAACUCCAAUUUACUUUCCACCAGUCCCCUUCCCCUGGGACCAGUCCCCAGGGCAGGUAGAGGAGGACUAUUGGACCCCUUAGGGGCUACACCAGCUGAAGCUCAGAUCUACUACUCUUUGGGAUCGGUGUGCCACCCCAGCCCUCAGGCCCAGGCCUACCCACUCUACAGCCCCUCAGGAACACCUCUGUACAACCUGCACAGGGAGCCAGGCUCCAGGCAGCACAAUUUAAGGAACUCACCGCACUCACCCCUGGGUCUGCCUAACAGCCAUGACAGGUCGCAAAGAGACCGGGAAAGAGACCAAGAAAGAGACAGAGAAAAAAUCCUACAAAAGGACAGGGAACGAGGUAAAGACAAAGAGAAGCACCUACAACAUGACAAAGACCAAGAAAGAGAUAGUGAGCGUGAGAGGCGACAGAACCGAGAAAGAGACAGAGGGAGAGAGUUAUCUCCUUCCCAUCUUCACACCUCACCCCCGGGCCUUCACUCAUCUCCCCCUGCGCUCCUACCUCACUUCACCAAGGGUUCUCUGAUUGAGUUGGCCAGCGGGCGGUUGAAGCGGGUGGAGGAGCUGCGGACAGAGGACUUCCUGAGGAGUGCAGAUACCUCUCCGGAGUUCCACCUCAGCACCUGCACUGUGCUGCUGAUUUCCCCCAGCAGUACACAGGGCUUCAGCCACCUGCAGGUCCACCUCACAGACCGCAACACUCAGGAGUUACUGAAGGUCUUGGUGGAGUACCCGUUCUUUGUGCAGGACCGAGGCUGGUCUUCUUGCUGUCCCCAGAGAACCACACAGCUGUAUGGCCUGCCCUGCCGCCAGCUCAUGGAAGGGGAUGUCUGCCUGGCUCUCACCCCCACCCCCACCCAAACCCACCGGACACACACGCGUACCAGCUCCAGAGCCCAUCGCACGCAACUCUCAUCCAGGGCUGCAGGAGAGUCCAGCAGCUCGCACAGGGAGGAGAUGCCGCCUCCCCCUCCUCCUCCCCCUCUUCCUCACCACCCACCUACUACCACACCGGCCCCUCCACGCUCUUUGGCUGCAGACCCUCCCGCUCAGGAGCAGCCGCGUCCACGCAAACGGCGCUGGUCUGCCCCGGACACCCUUCCCUCACUUGGAACUGAUGAAAGCCUCCUGGAUUUACCUCAUGGCUCCAAGCUAAUGAAGUGGCAGUAGAAACUCGGAUAUGCAUAUGAAACAUGCAUACUUACUGUACACACACACACACACACACACACACGCAAGCACAUACACACCCUCCUUGUCUCUAUUGCACCCAUCAAGACAAAGAAUUGAGAGACCUCAAGGCAGGGUUGCAGGGAAGGAAUAAAAAAAAAACUAUAAAACACACAAUUUACGGGUGUCCACACUGCUGCCCAAAAUAUUAACCUUGUCCAACCUAGGCUAGCCCUUAUUGCACCUUUCCUUCCCUUCCCUUUCCAUUCCUUUCCUUUCCUUUCCUGUCCACAACCUUACCUAGCACAGCCCUGAAAGGAGCAGCAUUUGAAGGAUCUCUGGAUGGCUCCUUAAAGAUACACAUAAGACAUUUAGUGAGACAAUCAAGCACUUGUCUGUGUUCACUCUGUUUUUGUAAUGGUUGUCCCACACACCUACUUACUGACAGUGUUUUCCGCAGGGUAUCAAUUUUCAAUCAGUGUUUUGAAGACACUAUUGAAGAAGUGCAGAUAUAUAUGAAAAGUUGACUAUAUAUAUUACAUUACAAAUGUUAUAUACAGUAAAUAUGCUAAACAGAUUUAAUGCAAUCUCUCUGUCAAUUUCGCAAUGCAUUUUUGUUUUCUUUCUUGCUUCUGAGCCAAUGCCUACGUGUCGGCCUGGGCAGGCAAGGUGAAUGUAUGAGCAACUCUUCGCCUUUUUUAUUCUCGUCACUGGGAGUCAUUUCACACAUUUGUUCGUCAAGGCAUUACCCUCCAAUAUGUUCUUAACAUUAUCUCUGACAAAGGGAGAACACUAAUGAAAACUGCGUAACAGACAAUCCCACCCACACAGACAGGUCUGUGCCACAUCGCCUCGACACUCAUGGUGUUUUUCCAUUAAAAACUGAAUGAUGGAAAGAGUAAAAAGUGCAGUAUGGCUGAAGAGUAAUGGUGCUAAUAACACGUUGGAACAUGAUGCUUUGUGAAUACUCUUGACCCCUGUGUACUGUACGCUUCUGUUCCCAUCUCAUUUUUUACGUACUGUAUAUGUUUGAAGGCAGGGAAAAUGAUGAAAGUAUUUUAAACUCAGAUACGGGUAUCUCCUCUGAUUCAGCACACACUCUCACUUUAGUUUUUGUGUUUGUUUUUUUUAAAUUUUAUUUUCAAAAAGAGAACCUUGUUGAUUUUUCUUUUUAAAUGUUAUAGCAACAAAAUGUAUAUUUUUAAAAAAUUGUGAAUCUGUUAUAUGAUGUUCGCUAGAAAUAAAGGAAAAAAGCU